UCUGCUCUUAUCGGGUUUUUGGGGGGGGCGCGGUUUUGGGGGCCCCCCCCAAUUCUCGUUGUUCGUCCUCAGUGUGGGACAACAGCCAUGGCCGCUCUGCUGCGCUGCCCCGCCCUCGCCCGGAACCCGCGGCUGCUGCGGGCGCUGAGCACCGCCCCGCCCCGCCCCCACCCCGGUGACCCCCCCGAGGGGUCCCCGUGCCCCUUCAUGGCGCUGGGGGGAGGGGCCGAGCCCCCCUUCGUGCAGCGCGCCCCCCCCGAGCUGCAGGAGGACGUGACCCCCCCUGAGACAGACCCCCUGGAGUGGCUGCUGGAAUUUGGGGACCCUUCCGAGGAGCCCCCCGAGCGGCGGCCGGAGGAGAACCUGCCCGAUGACGCCUUCCCGUACGAGGCGGUUUUCGGGGCGCGCCUGGCAGGGCUGCGCCGCUCGCACACCUACCGCGAGUUCACGGCGCUGGCGCGGCGCGCGGGGGACCCCCCGACCGCCAUCCUGGGGACCCCCCCGAGCCUGGGGUCCCCCCCGAGCGCCGUUUUGGGGUCCCCCCCGCGCCUGGUGCAGGUCUGGUGCUCCAACGAUUACCUGGGCAUGAGCCGGCACCCCGAGGUGCUGCGGGCGGCCAGGGCGGCGCUGGCCGCGCACGGGCUGGGCGCGGGGGGCACGCGCAACAUCGCGGGCUCGGCGCCGCUGCACGGGGCGCUGGAGGCGGCGCUGGCCCGGCUGCACCGGCAGCCCCGCGCCUGCCUCUUCUCCUCCUGCUUCGCCGCCAACGACACCGCGCUGGCCACGCUGGCCCGCCUGCUGCCGGGCUGCCACAUGUUCUCGGACGCGGGGAACCACGCCUCGAUGGUGCAGGGCAUCCUGCGCAGCGGCGCCCCCAAACAAAUCUUCCGCCACAACGACCCCCAGCACCUGGAUGAGCUCUUGGGGCGCUGCCCCCCCGGCGUCCCCAAAAUCGUGGCCUUCGAGUCCGUUCACUCCAUGGAUGGCUCCAUCGCGCCGCUGGCCGAGCUCUGUGACGUCGCCCACGCGCACGGUGCCCUCACCUUCGUGGACGAGGUUCACGCCGUGGGGCUCUACGGGCCGCGGGGGGGCGGCAUCGCCGAGCGGGAUGGGCUCUGCGGCAAGGUGGACGUGGUGUCGGGGACACUCGGAAAGGCCCUGGGCGCUGUGGGCGGGUACAUCGCGGGCAGCGCCGCCCUGGUGGACGCCGUGCGCUCCUUCGGCCCCGGCUUCAUCUUCACCACGGCGCUGCCCCCGGCCGUGGUGGGGGGGGCGCUGGCGGCCCUCAGGGUUUUGGGGUCCCCCGAGGGGGGGGCGCUGCGCCGCGCGCACCAGCGGCACGCCAAACACCUGCGGGUGCUGCUGCGGGACCGCGGCGUGCCCGCGCUGCCCGCGCCCAGCCACAUCGUGCCCGUGCCCGUCGGGGACGCGCUGGCCGCCACGCGGCUGAGCCGCGCUCUGCUGCAGCGGGGGCUCUACGUGCAGGCCAUCAACCCCCCCACCGUGCCCCGGGGGGGGGAACUGCUGCGGAUCGCGCCCACCCCCCAGCACAGCCCCGCCAUGAUGGAGCAGCUGGCAGACGCGCUGUCCGAGUGUUGGGGUGCCCUGGGGCUCCCCCGGGACUCGCCGCUCGGCCCCGCCUGCUCCUCGUGCCACCGCCCGCUGCACCUCUCGCUGAUGAGCGCCUGGGAGCGGCAGCACUUCCAGCAGCCGGGGGGCGUCCCGGCCACCGCCUGAACCCCAAAAACACCCCCGAAAACCCCAAAAAUAGCCUGAACCCCCAAAAACCGCCCGUGAGCGCCGGGAGCGGCAGCACUUCAAACACCGCGGGGACACCCCAAAAACCGCCCCCGCACAGCCUGACCCCCAAAAACCGCCUGAACUCCAAAAAGCCCCCAAAACAGCCCAAAAAACCGCUCCGACACCCCAAAAACCGCCUGAGCCCCAAAACCUCCCUGAUACCCUAAAUAACGCCUGAGCCCAAAAAAAAAAACCCAAAAAACUGCCAAACUCCCCCCCCCCCAAACCACUUCGACACUCUAAAAACCGCCCCAAAAACCUCCUGACCCCCAAAACCGCUCUGACACCCCAGAAACCGCAGGGACUCCCCCGUGCUCCCUGUCCCUCCCAGUGCUCCCAGUUCACCCAGCCACGCUGGGAUUUGUGCCGUGCCCAUGUUAUUUUGGAUUUUUUUUUUUUUUUUUUGAGGGGGGUCCCCUCAAUUCCAUCCCAAUCUUACCCAGAUCCCACCCCCAAAAAAAAAAAAAAAAAAAUGCUGGUCACCCCCUCCCAGUCCCUCCCAGUGCUCCCAGUUCCCAUUCCCGCAUUCAGGACUGGGGGGUGUCCCUCCCCCCCUUUUUUUUUUUUGCGGGGAGGUGUCCCCUCAUUCCCCUCCCCCCCACCCGCGCGCUCCCAGUUUUCCUCCCCCACCCCUCCCAGUGCUCCCAGUAGCAAUAAACCAGUUCGGGACUGGA